GGGCAGCUUAAACAUUUUAUAUAUGAUUUAUGGUCACAUGUUUAAGUAAUACAGAUUCAAUUUUUCAUAUUUCUUAAUCGAAAUUAUUCAUGUAUAUUCAAUAGCGGAUUUAGGAGGGUAUAUCUAAGGAAAUCAUGGUCUCUUAUUUAGAAAAGCAAUCUUUUUUUAUUCACUCUCAGAGAAAUAGAUUUACAACUUGGAACAAAUUCAAAUGUUAAUCUGGUACGGCGAAAUAUAUUUUUUCAAACAGAACACUAUGCAAUUUUUUUAACACAACACCAAUUUUUAAAAUCAUCUAUAUUAAUGUAUCUGGUAUUGUAUAUGAAAUUUUCAUAUUUUUGCCAAUGCAAAAACCCGACUUUUUUCUAAAAAAAAAAAAAAAAAAAUUAUACAUGUAGUAUAUAAACGUAAUCUCAUAAUUGAAAGGAGUCUCCUUAUUAUAUUCUCCGUGGAAAUGACAUCUGGAGCAUCUCCAAAUUAUUAUCGAUCCCGGCAAACGCAAAUUAUAGAUGCAAUUAACUUAAUAUUUGAAGUGGUACCGCCAUCGCAGUAGUUGUCUUUAAUCUCGCUUAGAUCACUUACCUAGUUUGUUGAGAGUGCUAAUCCCUAUAAUUAUAAUUCCACCUGGUUGAUUAUUUCUAUAACAUAUAGACUAUUAACUUAUUUUUUAAUCAGUAUGGAUAUUUAUAAACAUUAAUCUACAAAUUAAAGAAAAUAAAGACAAUCACCAAUGUAAGUUUAAUAUCUAAGUGCGAAUCGUCCUAGGGCGAAACGUCUCGGGGUGAAUCGUCUUUUGGGGCGAAUCGUCUUAGCACGAAACGUCCUGAGGUGCGAAACGUCCCGUAUUCUUUGGGAGUAUGAGCCCAAUCGGAACACGCUCGGCCUUUUAAUGUCGGUUAGGGAAAUGGCCGAGUUGUUACGAUUGAGUAUGAGCCACGCGAGGAGCUCCGAGUGCACACACCCUUUUUCGCGCUCAAAUAUUCGAAAUGAAAAAAGUAAACAACGAAGUUGAUUUGUCAAGAUGAAGACUUAUGGAGAUAGGAAUGCACUGAACUGAUUGCAAAAGAGACAGGGUCACUCAGAGGUGGUUUCUUAUGACUUGACUGCACUUAAAGUAGCAAUUUGAUAAACUCUGGUGAUGAGAUUCAUAUGAUGUUUGGUAAUGAGGAUAAAAUGCUGCAGCCGGAGACUCCUUUAAGACGAUGCUGCAGUGUUAGUGAUAAAGUCGAUUGGUCAGAUGGCUCCAUUUACCUAUCUUGUAUUAAUGAUGCAGAAAACUGUCAUGAAAAGGACAUGUCCAGCUUCAAUUACCUCAGUAUUGAUUUGAGGAAUGUUAAUCCAGAAAAAAAAGAUAUUCCAACACAAUACGAGAGUGGCAAGGUUGAACAAUUUCAAAAAGAAGCUCAAGACACAACUCAAAGACUUUUCUGUGAUUCAAGUGUAUCAGAUGCAUACACACACACAUGGAACUCAGAUAUUUAUUCACGGCGCAACUACCUGUGUCUAAACACAGAUACCUUUAACCCUUCCACUACAAAUCCGGGCAUCAGUUCCUUGGACAACAUCAUUAGAUUUGUGCAGAAUGGUAUAGCUCACUUUCAGAAUGCCACCAAUGACAAGUGGACUCUGCGGGAGGCAAACUUCUAUGAAAAGACCAUGAUAGACUUGUCUGUGAUAGAAGAGAGAAUAACACAAUUUCAUCAGAGAGGUCAAACCAGUGUGAUGAACUGCAAUACUCAUCUGUUGGACAUUUACAGGUUGAAUGUUGAAAGUCUUUUGUUAAACAUGGAGGCAUUUAUAAGAUGCUCAAGUAGUCUACAAAACUUCAGAAAUAAUGGAAGUAUUGCAUUAUACCCUGAAGAGUUAAUCCAUUCCAUGAAAGAUGUGAUAGAACAAUCUUCCAAGGCUGUCAAUAGUGCCUGGAUGACCUUUCUCCAGUCCACUACAAACCAGACUGAUAGUGUCAUUCAGACUCAGCUAUCAGACUACCCAGUACCCAUGUCCAGUAGUUGUGAAUCCUUUGAUUAUUCAACACAAAAUGAAUCGUAUCCAAUCAACCCGAAUCUGAAAGAAAAUAUGCUCUCUCCAAAUAUAUGUUUGAGGAAAGAACACAGCAACAUAGACCAUCAAACACAGAACCAUGCAGAAGAAAAAAAGUCGUCCCCCUGCACCCCGUGUGGUACGCCUUCACGACAAAAUCAACAUACACUUAUAAAAGAAUGUUAUGUCCCUUUAGAAAAAUGUGACGACAGUUUUUUUCCUGCAAGACCAGAUACUAUUAGAAGUAGAAAAUAUACCAAGCUGUCUGAAAAUGAUACUUUUCACAGGAAACAACAAUCAAAGAAUCAAGAGUUCAUCAGUGUAGCACCAGGGUAUGAGGAUAAACAUAGUGAAAAUAUCACUAAGGAAACUCCGAAAAAAAGUAUAUUUAGAACUCGUACCACCAAAGCAGACGACAGCAGACAGAAGACACUCUUACACACAGGAGAUAAAUGUCAACAUGCAAUGGUGGGUUUUAUUCCGUCGUGCAAACCUCUAGUGACAUCUAUAGACCACAUAACACCUGUUGGAAUAUCAUCCAGGAAAAUUUCACAGAAUUCCAAACUUUGGAAAAAUUCCUCAGAAAAUGGUGCUCAGAUACUCUGUGCAAGCAUAGGAACUCAAACAGCUUCAAAAACCAAACCUUUUUCCACUAACCAUACCUCAGAUCACCACAAAAUCACUGAAAAUGAACAUCAAUACAAAGAUCAUGGUAGUCAUUAUGAUGAAUUAAAAGACAAGAGGACCUCUGUGUCUAUCUGUGAAUCAUCGAACAAACAGAGAAGAGGUGAUUCCAUACUGUCACAGUUAUCACAGAAAAACAAGGGGAGACGAAAUUCAUGCCAAAGAAGGACAAAACUUUUCUCCGAGUUGAACCAUAACACCAACUUGCCAAGUAAGGAGGAUUAUUCAAUCACAACCAAAGAUCAGUCUCUGAUAUCAUUUGUAUCUUCAGUCAAAUCUUACAAGUACAACCCUUCGUCUGUUCAUGUGUCACUCCAAGUGUCUUGUGUCAAAAGAAAUGUAUUAGCUAAUAAGCUCAGAGCAGAGGAGUCUGUCAAACGAUCCCAGAAUAAGAAAGAACAUUGGUUAAAGACUGAAAAUUUAGAUGUGCACAGGAAGUGCAGCCCAAUCCAAAGUUAUAAAAGGAGUUCAACAGAGGAAAGGUGCAGUUUCAUCCCAAUAAAGCGCAUUAAAAAUUAUUUGGAGCAGGAUGCGAUGAAAUUAAAGAAUUCAAACAAUGCUGAAAAAGAUGACAGCAACAGUACUGAGGUGGAGGUAUGGAAUAGAAAGAAUUCAACCCCCGUCAAAAGCAGUAAAUUCCAGUUCGAACCAGUCGAAAAACAUAGUGCUACAUGUUUAAUUAGAGAGAAUUUAAAGAAUGGAAAUGCCCGUGGUCAAACUUUGAAACUGAUAGAAGAUGAAAGCAGGUUCUUCUUGAAUCAACAGGCAGAGCUGACUGCUAAAAUCAAGAGCUUGAAGAAGCAGAAGGCAAACAUUGUGAAAAGUUCUAUGCCGUCUACUGUAAAUUCUACCCAAGACCAAGUGGCUGACAAGGCCAAACUUUCACACAAGUUACCCGACCUAAAUAACAAUUUGUCGCUAUUGAUGUAAUGUAUACAUUUAGAUUUGUUCUAAAUACUUUUAGUGUACUAAUACAGUUGGUACUUGUCUGUAAAUUUGUCAGUUUGUUUUGGGUUCCUGUAAAAUGCGAAACAACGAAACCGACUGAAACGAAA